UUUCCCUUUCCUUUCCCUUCGCUUAGUUUCCCAUUUUCUUGCCCAAACACAAUAUUUUCCCUUCACCAUUUGUCCCUGCAAUUCUUGCAUUUCUUGCAUUUCUGUUCUGUCUAUAUAUAUGCAUUAAGAAUAUCAUAAUUCUUCCUUAAUUUACGCUCAUUCUUGAAAAAAUCACCUUUUUUUGUUGGAUUUCAUCUGGGUUUUUCAUUCCUGAUGGAUAGAAUGAUUUCUGAAAGCUGGAAUUUGCCAUCGCAGUUUGAAACCACUUGGAAUGGACUGAAUGUCACUGCAGAGCAAUCUUUUCUAGACGCUAACUGGGACAAGAAAUGUACAGAUCAAUUUACACAUUUUGAACCAGUUUUAAGUUCCAAUUUAGGUUUUUCAAAUGAUUUUGCCCUCCGGGAGUUGAUUGGAAAAUUGAGUAUUGUGAAUUCCGGCGGGUUGCCGGCGACUCCAGACGGCGCCGCUGCCGCCAUGGCGGUGGCUACUAAUGAUGAUAGUACCAAGAGUUCUUGCUAUAGUACGCCGUCAAACUCUUCCCCUAAGCUGCAUUUCCCGAUUCUUGAUCAAAUUAACAUGCGCCAUUUGGGGAAUUCGCUGCCUCUGACUCCUCCUCUGCCUGCACUUUCCUGUGAUCCAGGUUUCGCGGAGAGGGCGGCCAAGUUUUCGUGCUUUGGCAGCCGGAGUUUCAAUGGUAGAACAAGUCCAUUUGGAUCAAUUAAUGCUAUGGAAAAUUUUAAUUUAAACCGAGUUUCAAGUAGCCCUUCUCUUAAACAAGCUGGAUCUCCGGUGGAAAACAAGAAUUUGAAUCAAUCACAGACGGAAUUUAGGUCUCUCGGUGGGAUGGUUGAUAAGAAAUGGAAUAAAUUAUCAGGGGCAGGUGCCUAUUCUGAUGAGGCAUCCUCUGUUUCUGAGCAAAUCCCAAGUGGAGAAUUAGGGUCAAAAACCCCAAAUGAACACAAUUCCAGGAAAAGAAAGGCUAUUUCUAAAGGAAAAGCCAAGGAAAAUACAUCAACUUCAGCUAAGGGAUUUGAAGAUUACAACAAUCCAAAAACGAAGCGAUCAAAGCCUCAAGAAAUUAGCAAAAAUGAAAAUGAUGAUGUUAAAGCAGAGGAGGAAGCUAAGCUGAAUCCAAAUGGUGCUGAGGAUGAAAGUGAGAAACAAAAGGAGAAUCAAAAGCCCCCUGAGCCACCAAAAGAUUACAUUCAUGUCAGAGCAAGAAGGGGUCAAGCCACCGACAGCCACAGUUUAGCAGAAAGAGUUCGACGAGAGAAAAUCAGCGAAAGAAUGAAGUUUCUCCAGGAUCUAGUACCAGGCUGCAAUAAGGUGACUGGAAAGGCUCUAAUGCUUGAUGAAAUCAUUAACUAUGUUCAGUUGCUGCAACACCGAGUUGAGUUCCUGUCUAUGAAAUUAGCCUCUGUAAAUACAAGACUGGAUUUUGACAUGGAAAAUCUUCACUCCAAGGAUAUAUUUCAAGAAAAAGGAAACCUGCCCCAACAAAUGUACCCUUUGCAUUCCUCAGCAUCAGUGUUCUACAAUCAUCAAUCCCAGCAGAAUAUACAACUAAAUGAUGCCCAUAUUUCCAGGGGUCCAUUGAAUCAAUAUUCAAUGGACCCUUUAGAUGCCCACAACCCAGGAAUUCAAUUAUCUUCUAUUGAUGGAUUUGGUGAAAGUCUUACUCAGUUCCCAGCAUUCAGUGGCCAUGAUUUGCAAAGCAUUAUUCAGAUGGGUUUCGACAAGGAUCCUGUUAAAGAGACUGCAUUUCAUUCAGAUAGCUUUCAUGUCCCAAAUCAAACAUCACACAUGAAAGUUGAGCUGUGAACGCCAUUUGUUUAUGCUCUGCUGGAUGCCCGAAAGAGAAACAGGCUGCUGUAAAUACAAAGAGAAUUUAGUACAAGAUGAUUGAUAAAAUGCUAAUUCUAGGAAAUUUUCUUUUUUCUGUCUUAGUUUCGUCCUUUGCAUUUUAUUUCGCUAUUGUAAUUGAUGAAUUCCUGUUUCCAUUUUUUUAUGAGGUGAUUUUACAAUUAGCCAUUGUAUAAUCAUACAACCAGAUGGCUAUUUCUGGUGCAAAGUCUUAACAGCACCAUAUAUGUACUAUGUAAUAUAAGAUAUUCUUAGUGGAAAUGAAAACUAAUAUUUCCAUGGCCA